GAAAUCAGACUUUUUUCCCGACAUAGUCGAGGAAAAUAUUGAUGAAAUCUCUAUUUUUAUGUAAACCUCGUAUUUUUGUUUUAUAAGUCGUGUGAAUUAAAGCGUUUUAUUAAAUUUGAAAAAAAUCGAGUAAAAAGUGGAUUCAGCGGGCUGGAAUUUUAUUUUGAAGGAUCGCGUAGGAGUUUGUGAUACACGACUGUGGCUGACUUGACGGUGCAAAAGCAGCCAGCCGCUGGAAACAGAAGAAAACUGGAGAUGCUUUGAGAGUCGGUUGUGUUUGGUCUUAAGCUCAUCUUGCCACAGUACAAAUGCUGAGUUUGGCUCCAAAAUUAGUGUACUUCCCCCCUGAGCGGCCUUAGCUGACGGCCACGCCCCGGAGCCACCGAGCAGAAGCGGACAAAAGCCGCUGCUGGUUUGAAAGGCAGCAGGUCGGCCAGCGGAGAGGAAGCGCGAGGAGCGUCGGCAGUGCGGGAGCCAUGAGAGAGUACAAAGUAGUGGUUCUGGGCUCCGGAGGGGUCGGCAAAUCCGCACUGACCGUCCAGUUCGUGACCGGAUCUUUUAUCGAGAAAUACGACCCCACGAUAGAGGAUUUCUACAGGAAGGAAAUCGAAGUGGACUCGUCCCCGUCCGUGCUGGAGAUCCUGGACACGGCGGGGACCGAACAGUUCGCCUCCAUGCGAGACCUGUACAUCAAAAACGGUCAGGGCUUCAUCCUGGUCUACAGCUUGGUCAACCAGCAGAGCUUCCAGGACAUCAAGCCGAUGAGGGACCAGAUCAUCCGGGUGAAGAGGUACGAGCGGGUGCCGAUGAUCCUGGUUGGGAACAAAGUGGACCUGGAGGGGGAGAGGGAGGUGUCGUCCGGAGAGGGCAAGGCUCUGGCAGACGACUGGAACUGCCCGUUCAUGGAAACUUCAGCCAAAAAUAAAACGUCUGUGGACGAGCUGUUCGCAGAGAUCGUCAGACAGAUGAACUAUGCCGCCACACCAAAUGGCGACGACCAGUGCUGCUCUUGUGCCAUCCUUUAAGAUAGAAAAACAAAAGAAAAGUUUUAUUUCAUGCUCAGUGAUGUGUGUUGCAGCAAGUGCGUACUCUUGAGCUCUUCUUCGUGUCUUACCCUGGCCUUUGAGGAAUAUGAAGGAGGAAUGCUACACAGGAUGAGGAGGAGAGCAUUUGAGACUGAGGGAGGAGUCCACUUUUCUGGAAUUCUGCUGAGCUGAUAGAGGAUCUCUGCUGUACGAUUACUGUCCACCAUUGAUGUCAGCAGUGUGAGAUCCAUUGUCUCAGCAACCCCUCCUUCCAAGUUCCAACUGUACGCUCAACUGGAAUUAAAUCCCAAUGGAAACAAUGUGGAAAGCAACACUUUGAGACACUCGUGAAUGGAUAUUUCUGUCAGAAGACAGAGGGAUAGAGUAUAUUUUGCUAAAUAACCGCACAGUUCAGCAUGGGUAAAGAGUUGGGUGAUUGCUGAUCCCAUUUUGGAAUGAUACUCCACAACACUUCAAGUCCUUGUUUUUCCCCCAAACUUGGCAGAAAUUGACAUCACUUAACUGCUGAUGGAGUUGUGCGAAUAAUGCCACUAUUUCCUUCAUUUCGUCAGCAUGAGAGGACCUUAACUGAAGUGACACAUGGUCAGUGACCUGAUUGUCCUUGUGUCGAGUGCCUUUCCAAAACAAAUCAGCUAUUCAGUUUUAGUGCCAACCUGCAGUACGUGUAUCAUCACCAAAAGAACCCAUCAACGUGACAAUCUACAAACUUGUCAACUGUUCUAGAUAAUCUCGUAAGAGUGGAGACUUGGGGGGGGGGGGGGGGGCUAAAAUAGGCAUUUUUGUUAAUGGAAUGGCAGUUUUCUGUCUGUUUUCUGUUGGCCUUUUUGAAGUCUAAGGUAUUCAUUUUGCAUUUUCUGCUUGGUCUGAUCAAACCUUUUCUUGAAAUGAGCAGGUACUGGAACUCCUAGAUGUAACAACACCAAAUGCUUAUCUUCCAGACCACUUGAAUCAAACAAAUUGUUGUUCUGUUUAUUUUGUUGUUGUUUUUAACUGGAAAUGUGAUGAUGUAUCAUUGACAAAUCUAACCUGAUUGUAACUUUGCCAGACCAGCCUUUUAACAGUGGGCAGUCUGUUUUAAACACAAGACUUUUAAUACAAAAGGCAUUUUUUUAAAAAAAA